AUGCCUCCAAAAAACAAACCGUCAUACCUCAUCACCUUAAAUAUCCCUGCCUCUCACCGCUCACAGUUCAGCAAACUCAUUGCUCUGGCUCCGCCUCCCAAGAAGAAAGGCCCAGGAAAAGGAUGGAGAGCCGGUAUUAAGAAGAAUGGACCAGGAAAGCCACAGAAUGGGAUAUCCGGUGAUAAUACAGAUCAGAAAGGAGAAAUUCCUCUGGCCCCAACAUCUUCCUCAUCUUCAUCUACGAACGCUGUGGGCAAUACUACUGGUGGGGCAAACGUUAGUGGCACGUCGUCUAAUGGGAUCACUGUUGCUACCUCUGGUCCAAUAGGCACUUCGGCAAAAUCAUUACCGAUGAACACCAAUGCCCUGGAGGCAUAUGUCUUGGAUAGACUGGGUACAAAAGUGCGGAAAUGGCAGAAAAAGAAGCGGGAGAUCAGAUCGUUUACAGGGUUCAAAGUUGAUUUUGGCAGUUGGAUUGGUGAUGGAGUGAAGUUGAAAGUGGAUGGAUCAGACAACAAGGAGGCAGCAGAGAUUAGACAUGGUGAAUCGGCUACGCCCACAGUCGAAGACUCUUUGGUGAAUGUGAAGGAGGAUAUUGAAGAAGAAUUUGCUACAAUCAAACCGGAAGACGCAAUGACGAUUCCUGUAAAUUAA